AUGGCGCCUUCACCAAGGGGAUUUCUGGCUUCAAGCUUACUUCUAUCUACGCUUAUACAACUGGGGUCACCCAUAUCUGUUUCUCAUCCUUCCAUUGAAUUCAAAGGCCCCUUUGAAGUGGAAGCCAAUGGUAUGCAUAAUGUGAAGAUUAGCUAUACCACCCCGGUAGAUGGCCACCUUUCAAUCCAUUAUGGCUCUUGCGAUAUAUCCCAGCGAGAAGAGUCGCAUCAUUGCCUAGGAAAUACUCACAUCGGGAACCAUCCUCUAGCAAAACGCCACAUUGGUUGGGAACACAGCCGCCCUACCAAGUUCGUUUGGUUGCCUCGAGAGGAUACCCCGGAUCAAGGAUGUCUUCAUGCGUUUGUGGUAAACAGACUCGUGGGAAAGUCGAGACCAGUGGUUGUAAAGAAGCGGAGAGAAAAGCGACACAUUGCCUUCGCGGAUAUUGCCGAUGCGAUGGGACCGUGGUUUGAUGGCGUUGCUCAUCUACAAGAGAAGGAACCUGAUGAGGCUUUUGUUGCCUCUGCCAAGUCUAAAACGAUCGGUAUUCUCGGAGGCGGAAUGUCUGGUUUGAUGACUUCUCACCUGCUAGACUCCGUCGGUAUUCACGAUUGGAAAAUACUAGAAGCUUCAAGCCGCAUCGGGGGGCGUGUUCACACCAGUUACCUCAAUGCCACAAAGCCGAAUCAGUACCAAUACCAGGAAAUGGGACCCAUGAGGUUUCCAGUUAGUAUCACGGAUCCAGACACGAACGAAACGAUACAGAUCCUGGAUCAUCGCAUGGUUUUUCAGCUUGCAGCAACUUUGAAUCAGAUCAACGGAAACGGUUCAGACUUGAUGGUAAAGUUCAUUCCAUGGAUACAAAAAAGCCGAAACGCACCCGUAUCGACAUCUAAAAGGCGACCGGAUGGGACCAUUCUUGGUGCUGCAGAGAUCGCAGCUAACCCAUCCUUAGCAGACAACGUCACAGUCACCUAUUCGAAUGCAACUGCUGUAGAGGAGGCUGAAGCUGCAUAUGAUGAUUGGCUCGGGCUGGAUGAAGACAAACUCCGCGCAAUUGCCACGAAUGUUUUCCAAGCGCACAAAGCGGCAGUCCAAGCCGGGAACUUCAACUUCUCAGAAUCGGGUUACCUGCGAUAUGUUCUCAAGACAGACCUGAACAUUACUGAUGAGACCGACUCGACUUCAGAUUAUGCCCCAUCUUGGGAGUAUGACUCGGUAUACUUCGGUGCUACUGAAUGGAGGACUAUUGAUCAAGGACUGAGUCGUCUUCCAACGGCAUUCGGUCCGUCUGUUCUGAACCGGACAAUUUUUCAGACGAAAGUUCAGGAGAUGGAAUGGAAUGAGGAAACCGAGAAGAUGACUGUCAAAUGGCGGCCGGGAAAUCCUUUCGACCUUGAGACAAAGUCAAUGGACUUCGACUACACGAUUGUUGCCGUUCCUUUCUCCCAGGUUCGCUUGUGGCGCCUUCCAUCAUAUACAUCGCUCCUCUCACGGGCCAUCAAUACGCUCAACUACGAGCAUACUUGCAAGGUUGCGCUUCAUUACAAGACUCGCUUUUGGGAACACCUUGAGUACCCAAUCAUUGGCGGGUGUGGGUCUACGAACAUUCCUGGCAUUGGGAAUAUUUGUUAUCCAAGCUAUAGAAUCAACUCCACUGGCCCAGGCGUGAUUUUAGCCUCGUAUUCGUCCGGAACCCCUGCACGGACCCUGGGUAGUAUGACCGAGACCGAGCACGUAGCUUUAACUCAAAGGGCCAUGAUCGAGACGCACGGCUUGGUUGCUCAAGAGCAGUACACGGGAGCUUAUGAUCGCAUUUGCUGGCAAAACAAUGAGUUCCAGGCCGGCUCAUGGUGUGAACCAAUGGUAGGCCAGCAAGAGCUGUACCUGCCCGCUUACUUCCACACCGAGAAGCAUACUGUUUUCAUCGGCGAGCAUACCAGCUUCACCCAUGCUUGGAUCUUUAGUGCUCUCGAAAGUGCCGUCAGAGGAACAAGCCAGUUGCUUCUAGAUAUGGGACUUGUGGAUGAGGCCAAGGAAAUCACCCAGACUUGGAUGGCGAGGUGGAUAAGUAUGUAA